UUAUUAUUUCCUUACCGAAAGCGACGAAAGAGCCGAGAUAGACGACGAAGCCGUAGUACUCGCGCUUCUCGGAUGUGCGGCGGUGUGCGUCGGCGGUGAGUGCGGGGCGGUGGGCGCGGGAUGCCAUUACAGAUAUACCAUGGGAUGAGAGGUUGAGCGUACUGUAUGUGGGAUUAUCUGUGUGUAUGGGAGGCAUGGGAUAUCCCCCGAGAGAGUAGAGUAUUUGUGGGAUGAGAUGGCUGGAUCAACAGCGAGGAGGAGGGCGACAAUUGGAAAUCCAUCAGGCAGGCAGGCAGACAUCCGACGUUAUUGGCGCAUAGACUCCACAGCUUUUCCCUCCGCCGUUCCCAACAACAAACAGCACGCAAGAAGGAGGCGAGCCUUCAUCUACUCACUCUAUCGCUGCCCAGCACUCCCACAAACACAGAACGAACACACCCACUUGUCGCCCACCAAAAAAGAAACGCACACUUCACCCAACUCGCCGCUCAGCCGGCCCGCCACCCCCACUGCCGAAAUGAUGAAAGCAGUGCCCCCAAAGGGCUCCACCCCCUCCUCCCCCAAAUCCGCCGCAGCCACCACCCCGCUACACCCAACCACAGUCCCCAAAGCACCCCUCCUCGACAUCUCAAAAAUUCCCAAAGCGCCAUUCGCUCCGCACCCGACGACAUCACCAUUACCCGAGAGGGGUAAUAGGAUCUUUGGCUUACGUCCGGCACCGGUGUUCAGACCGACCGCGGAGGAGUUUAAGGACCCGAUGGCGUAUGUGGAUAAGAUUAGACCAUUGGCGGAGGGGAGUGGUAUUUGUAAGGUUGUGCCGCCCGUAGGGUGGAAGCCGGAUUUUGCGCUGGAUACGCAGUCUUUCUGGUUCCGGCCCCGAAUCAUGCGGCUCAACUCGAUGGAAGGCAGUUCCCGCGCCAUCCUCAAUUACCUGGACCAACUGCAAAAGUUUCACACGCAACAAGGGACGCAGUUCACUCGCGUGCCUAUGCUUGACAAGAAGCCGAUCAAUCUCUCGGAGCUGAAGAAGGAGGUUGCGAAACGUGGAGGUUACGAGCAGGUUAUUGCAAACAAGCAAUGGGCCCAAGUAGGCCGAGCGAUCGGAUUAGGCGGCAAGACCUGCACAUCGCUCUCGCACAGCGUGAAAUCAGCAUAUUUGAAAUGGAUACAUCCCUACGAGGAGUUCCUACUUAAGCACCGGUCGCCCGCGCCUACACGGCCGGGAUCUCCAAGAGGGGACGGUGAGGGGAAGGGACCUGCGACGAGGAUGGGGACUAGGAAGAAGGCUAAGGAGCAGCCUGUGAGAAAAGCGCCAGUUGUCGCGACACCCCCUCCUGGCUCGACGUCCCCUUCACCGAAGAAAGUUACCUUACCGCAGGACUACCUGCCAAAGCCUGGAUUGGAGCUCUGUGAGAUGUGCGGCGGCGGCGAAAACGACGAACAAAUGCUUCUCUGUGACGGCUGCAACCGCGGCUACCACCUCUACUGUUUCGACCCACCCAUGGCCGCGAUCCCUCAAACCGACUGGUUCUGCCCAGACUGCCUGCGCGGGUCCGGUCACGACUACGGGUUCGAAGAGGGCGAGCUGCGCAGUCUGUAUCAUUUCCAGCAGGUUGCCAACGACUUCAAGAAGAAGCAUUUCCAGCAACGGUUGGGGCUUGAUCCCGAGGAGCGGGUGGUUGUUACGGAGGAUGAUGUUGAGCGCGAGUUUUGGAGGCUGGUUGAGAGUCCGUAUGAUGAUGUUGAGGUUGAGUAUGGCGCGGAUUUGCAUUCGACGCAGCAUGGGAGCGGCUUCCCCGUCCCCGAAAAGCAGCCGAACAACCCGUACUCCACCUGCGGCUGGAACCUCAACAACAUGCCCCUUCUCUCCGACUCCCUCUUCUGCAACAUCCGCAACGACAUCUCCGGCAUGAUGAUCCCCUGGCUCUACGUCGGCAUGGCCUUCUCCACCUUCUGCUGGCAUACUGAAGACCACUACACCUACUCCAUCAACUACCUCCACUGGGGCGAGACAAAGACGUGGUACGGCAUCCCCGCGGCCCAUGCGGAUGGGUUUGAGGCGACCAUGAGGAAAAAGGUGCCGGAAUUGUUUGAUGGGAACCCGGAUUUGCUGUUUCAUUUGACGACGAUGUUGAGUCCGGGCGUCUUGGUGGAGGAAGGCGUGGAUGUGGUGGCGGCGGAUCAGAGGGCGGGGGAGUUUGUGAUUACGUUCCCGAGGGCGUAUCAUGCGGGGUUCAAUCAGGGGUUCAAUUUUGCGGAAGCGGUCAACUUUGCUCUCCCGAACUGGCUACCGUACGGAUUGGAUUGCGUAGAUCGCUACCAUAACUACAAGAAACAACCAGUAUUUUCCCACGACGAGCUGGUGAUUGCUACAUCGAUGCGGGACAUUGACGUUAAAGUCGCCCUUUGGCUCAAACCAGCCCUCGAGAAAAUCCGCGACCGCGAACUCAAAGAGCGCGCCGCAGCCCGGGCACGACAUCCGGGUAUCAAGGAAGUCGUCGAAAAUGUGCAGAUUAACCGUGAGGAGGAAGAUCAGUGUGCGUUCUGCCACCAGUAUUGCUAUGUCAGUGCGCUGCGGUGUGAGAGCUGUAAUAAUGGGAAAUUGGUGUGUUUUGCUCAUGAGGCUGAGCUAUGUCAAUGCGAAGCCCCCCACCUUGCCCUCGUCCUCCGCUUUUCCGACGAGCAACUCUCAGACUUCGUCCAACGCGUCACCCAAAUCAGCAACAAACCCAACGAAUGGAAAGACGCCUACAGAGCCCUUCUCGCCUCUCAACGCCGACCCGCCCUAAAAGACCUCCAAAUGCUCCUCAGCGCCAGCGAAAAGAUCCCCAUCGACAUGGAUGAAGCUAAAGACCUCCGCGAAUUCAUCGCCAAAGCGCAGGAAUGGGUCGACAAGACCAACAAGGUUGUGCAAAAGCGGAAACGGAGCAAUGCGGGGAGAAGGAAGAGUUUUAGUACCGCUGUGGCGGCGAUGACGGCUGAGGAUGAGGAGGCUGCCGGUGGAGGUGGAGGUGGAGGUGGAUGUGCGCAGAGGAGUCUGCAAGAUGUGGAGGCGCUGGUUGCGCAGAUUGAGGCGAUGGCGUUCGAUACGCCUGAGAUCAAGCUCUUGGAAACACUUGUCGCUUCUGUGCGGGAAUUCCAGCAGGUUGCCAGGACGACACUGGCGGCCUCGAAUUUGACGCAGCAGCAAUUGCAAGAGGUGCUGGAGCGCGGGCAGGCGCUGGAUAUUGCUGGUAUACCCGAGAUCUACCAAUUGGAGCAAAAGAUUUCGGAGUUGCAAUGGCUAGCGCGCGCCGAAUCCGUUCUGGACGCCGGGCUCUCCUCCGUCAUGUAUGAGGAGAUCAUCGACAUGAUUGACGCCGGUCGUGCGUUCGGGGUCAAGAGCGAUCAUCCUCUUAUUCAACGAUUGAGACAGGCUAAACAUGGCGGUGACGAGUGGAGAGUGCUUGCUGCCGGGUUGAUGAAGCAGCGCCGGAUGGAUCUCGCGGAACUCGAAGACGUCGUCAAACGCGCGCAGGACGUGCCGGUCGUCAAAGAACUGUGGGACCAAGUACACGCUCUGGACGAGAAGUGCAAAGGGUGGCUGAAACAGGUGCGUGGCGUCACACAAUCGGCCGAGGAGAACAAUACGCGACACCCUAUAUCCCUCCUGUUCUCGCUUAUAUACGAAAUGGAGGGUGUGCCGGUCCGUCUAGACGAGCUGCACAUGCUCCGCGAAGACGCCAAAAAAGUCAGCGACUGGACCGCGCGCGCUCGCAAAACCCUGCGACCGGGCAGCGUCAAGUCCUGCGCCGAGAUUGUGGCUGAGCUCGACGCCAACUUAUCCGCGUGCGCUAAACCGGUUGAUCAACAAGGCGAAGUGUACUGCGUCUGCAGAACCAACCACGACGAAGGGCUUAUGGUCGAGUGCGAGACUUGCCAUGAAUGGUACCACGCCGCCUGCGUCAAACUAUCCAAGAAGGCGGCCAAACAGCAAGGCGCGUACACCUGCCCCGUCUGCGACGUCCACGCCCUCCGCCCCGUCUCCGCCUCCGCACGUCGCCCGACUGCCGAGCAGAUCCGCCAGCUGGUCGCCGAAGCCGAGGCGAUCGAGCGGUGGGAGAUGGACGAAGUCGUCGGGAUGAAACGGGUUGCUGAUUUAAGCGAGCGGUGGAAAGUGCGUGCGAAGAGCGUGUUGGAGGACCCGACGGCGGAUGUUGCGGCGCUGAGGGCGUGUUUGAGGUGUGCGGAGGGGAUGCUGAUAUGUGUAGACGAUGAGAUCGGGAUGUUGAGGGAGCGGUUGGCUGCUGUUGCCCCGCCGCGGAUUCAGGAGGCUAAUGGCGGCGGAGACUCGCCGAGUCCUGUUGACGCAACGGAGGGCAAUGUCGUCGCGGAUCCGAUCCAGAUGUCUGGCGAAACGACGGACGUGAAACCGGCCACCACCGCAUCCGAAGUCUUCUGCGUGUGCCGCGAACCCCACCGCGACGAACUGGGACCCAUGAUCGGCUGCGACCAGUGCAGCGGGUGGUUCCAUUUCGGGUGUGUCGGGUUGACGGCUGAGGAGGCGGAGAAGAUCGAUGAGUAUGUCUGUCCGCCGUGUAGGCGGCGCGAAGCCGCCAAAGCUGCCAGUAUCACCACCACCCAUGGCAACGGCAAGAAACACCAGCAGGAUGUGAAGAAAGAGCACCACCACCAUUCCAGUCCACAACCGGAAACGGAUAAAGUAAAAAUCAUGCUCAAGAUCGCACGACCGGGUUCAGCUGGGCCCAGCAGCGCGUCGCCCGUGCCUAUGUCGCCUGCCCCGCCGCCGUCUGCGGAAGAGGGGCUGAAGAAAGCGAAGAAGAAGAGGAAGGAGAUUGAUAGCGCAGGCCCUGACGGGGCGGAGCAGAAUGGGAGCGCACCGGUUGUGAAGAAGAGGAAGAGUAAAGUGGGGAGUCUGACUGGUGACGUGCCGGUUAGUGGGAUUGUUAAGGAGGGCGGAGAAAAGGAACCGGUCGUUAGGAAACACAAGCGGAAACUGGAGGAUCCCAGCGCUCCACAGUCGGUCUUGCCGCCUGCCGAGGGAACGACUGUGAAACCACCCGCCAAGAAACGGAAGAGCAAGGUCAACAGCGACUUGGAAGGCGCGGCCGGUGUGAAACCACCGCGCAAGAAACGCCCCUCGAAAGUCCUGCACCCCCCGGCAUCGGCGGCGGUACCCGUCCCCGAUCCGGAGAUCGUACAGCAGAUCGCACAACCGCCUCCACAGGAACAACAGAUUGAGCAACCGGUGACGCAGUUCCAUGCACAGCGGCCCCAGGCUCCGUUGCCGUCCGCUUCGUCGUUCAUCAAUGCGUAUGGGCAGCAGGGAAACAGUACUAACCAGUACCCUGCCCCGCAUAAUGGGAGCAGCAGCAUCCACCAAUUGCUCAGCAACCCGCUUCCACCGCCUUCAUCGAUCUUACCCCCGCCAAGCGCGCUCGCCAAUCCAGCGUAUUACCAUAAUCACACGUACAGGUCGUCGCCGGGUUCGGAAGAGAAUUAUGGAGCGAACGGCGGAUUCAGGUUGCCGCCUUUGGUUUCCUCGCCGCAUAGCAACAACCGUAAUCAACAACUGCAUUCGGAGCAGUAUCGCGACCGGGAAUCGCAGCACAACAAUCAACAACAGCAGCAGCAGCGGAAUGAAUACGUACCCGCCGCCAACGUGUACGACUCCCCCGGUGGGCAUCGAUACGUCCUCGACCCGCACGGUCGUCCAUUACCGGCACCCCAGCAGUUGUUCCCAUCUAGCGGGAGUGGGACCUCAACCGACGCAGUCGCAUUACCGCCCGCUCCUUCCGGCGGCAGCAGCAGCGCACACGCACACGAACCUCCUGCGCGGAAGUCCCAUUACUACCCCCAAGACUACGCAGCCCCAGCCCCCUCCUCCCCCUACCCAUCCUCAACGCGGCACACGUCAUCACCCUGGUGGAACAACAACCAACAGGAAUCCCACCACAACCGCCACUCAUCAACACCUGACCCCAACCCGCUAGGCCUCCCCUCCAUCCAACAACUGCAGCAGCACUUACGGCAGGAUCAGCUCAACGGGCAGAAUUACCACAGUCAGCACCACCAUCAUCUGGGCUAUCACAACCACCAUCAGCAGCAGAAUAUGAGUCCCCUGCCACUCCCGCCUCCACCGCCACUGCCGGGGGGGUAUUAUGGGCAUCGCAGGUCGGAGAGUUGUAGUGAGGAUGAGGAGGGAGAGAGGGAGGAAGGGAGUGGGUUUGGGUUUGGGUUUGGGAACUAGUUGGAGAGGAAGGGGGGUCGCGGAUCGAGGGGUUGAGGAAGUGGAAGCGGGAUGGAAUGUGGGAUGUGGGGCUCAUGGUCCCUAUUGGCCAGACGCGCAUCAAAACGCUGGGAAUCAACCCGGAAAGCGGGCAUCACUUUAUGUCUUUAUGUGGCAUGAUAACAUGCAUCAAUGAGUCGGAAAUAGAUGUUCAAGCGAGUACUUGCUGUGAUGCGUUGUGGUUUGGUCGACUUUGGCGCGACAGCGGAAGUUAUUCCGUUAGAUACGAAUGU